AUGGUUUUCUGGGUUUUUGGAUAUGGUUCACUGGCAUGGAACCCUGGGUUUGAAUAUGAUGAAAAAAUUGUUGGUUACAUAAAGGACUAUAGGCGAGUGUUUGAUUUAGCUUGUAUUGAUCACAGAGGAACGCCUGAAAACCCUGCAAGAACGUGCACUUUGGAGGAGAAAGAAGGGGCGCUUUGCUGGGGAGUUGCAUAUUGUGUUCGAGGUGGUCCUGAAAAGGAGAAACUUGUUAUGCAGUAUUUGGAGCGGCGAGAAUGUGAGUAUGAUCAAAAGACUCUGGUAAACUUUUACAAGGAAGGAGAUUCACUGAAUCCUGCUCUUACUGGUGUUAUUGUAUUCAUGUCUACUCCAGACAAAGUUAACAACAAAUACUAUCUAGGACCUGCUCCGCUGGAGGACAUGGCUAGGCAAAUAGCAACUGCUCAUGGCCCUUGUGGAAACAAUAGGGACUAUCUUUUUCUUCUAGAAAAGGCUAUGCAUAAUCUCGGUCAUGAGGAGGACUAUGUGAUAGAACUUGCUAAUGAAGUGAGGAAAGCACUUGGAGUGGAUAAUGUAGUGCCAAAUGACAAGAAAUUGGUUGGACCAGCACAACUUCAACACCAGCCACAUGUACCAAUUUCAACCCUUCCCUUGAAUCCAUUGCCAGAGCCUAUUGCAUUGGAUAGUUGA